AUGGAAUGGGUUAAUUAUUUAUUCAUUUCUCCCUCUCCCCCUUUUCAUUUGUUCAGUUGUAUUGUUUUUUUUAUUUGUUUUUUUUUUGUUCGACCCUCUCUUUCUAUUCUGUUUUUUGUUUUUUUUUUUAGUUCGACCCUCUCUUUCUAUUCUGUUUUUUGUUUUUUUUUAGUUCGACCCUCCUUUCUAUUCUGUUAUUUUUGUUCUCCCCUCUCUUUCUAUUCUGCUUUUUGGGGUUUUUUUUUUGUUCUCCCCUCUCUUUCUAUUCAGUUUUUUUUUGUUUUGUUUUGGUUUUUUUUUGUUCUCCCCUCGCUUUCUAUUCUGUUUUUUUGUGUUCUCCCCUCUCUUUCAAUUCUGUUUUUUUUUUGUUCUCCCCUCUAUUUCUAUUCUGUUUUUUUUCUUCUCCCCUCUCUUUCUAUUCUGAUAUUUUUUUUGUUCUCCCCUCUCUUUCUAUUUUGUUUUUAUGUUUUUUGCUUUUUUGUUCUCCCCGCUCUUUCUAUUCUGUUUUUUUGUUCUGCCGUCUCUUUCUAUUCUGUUUUUUUGUUCUGCCGUCUCUUUCUAUUCUGUUUUUUUUCUUCUCCCCUCUCUUUCUAUUCUGUUUUUUCUUAUCCCCUCUCUUUCUAUUCUGUUUUUUGUUCUCCCCUCUCUUUCUAUUCUGCUUUUUUCUUCUCCCCUCUCUUUGUAUUCAGUUUUUUUUGUUCGCCCCUCUCUUUCUAUUCUGUUUUUUUUGGGGGGGUGUUCUCCCCUCUCUUUCUAUUCUGUUUUUUUUCUCCCUUCUCUUUCUAUUCUGUUUUUUCGUUCUCCCCUCUCUUUAUAUUCUGUUUUUUUUUUGUCCUUCCUUCUCUUUCUAUUGUUUUUUUUUGUUUUUUUUUGUUCUCCCCUUUCUUUCUAUUCUGUUUUUUUUCUCCCCUCUCUUUCUAUUCUGUUUUUUGUUCUCCCCUCUCUUUCUAUUCUGUUUUUUGUUCUCCCCUCUCUUUCUAUUCUGUUUUUCUUCUCCCCUCACUUUCUAUUCUGUUUUUUUUUCUCCCCUCUCUUUCUAUUCUGUUUUUCUUCUCCUCUCUCUUUCUAUUUCUUUUUUCUCCCCUCUCUUUCUAUUGUUUUGUUUUUGUUUUUUUUUGUUCUCCCCUCUCUUUCUAUUCUGCUUUUUUUGUUCUCCCCUCUCUUUCUAUUCUGCUUUUUUUGUUCUCCCCUCUCUUUCUAUUCUGUUUUUUUUUGUUCGCCCCUCUCUUUCUAUUCUGUUUUUUUUUUUUGGUGGGUGGGGGUUCUCCCCUCUCUUUGUAUACAGUUUUUUUUGUUGUUGUUUUUUUUUGUUCUCCCCUCUGUUUCUAUUCUGUUUUUUUUAUUCUCGCCCUCUCUUUCUAUUCUGUUUUUUUUGUUCUUCCUUCUCUUUCUAUUCUGUUUUUUGGGUUUUUUUUUUUUGUUCUGCCCUCUCUUUCUAUUCUGGUUUUUUUUUGUUCUCCCCUCUCUUUCUAUUCUGUUUUUUGUUCCCCCCCUCUCUUUCUAUUCUGUUUUUUGUUCACCCCUCUCUUUCUAUUCUGUUUUUUCUCCCCUCUCUUUCUAUUCUGUUUUUUCUUCUCCCCUCUCUUUCUAUUCUGCUUUUUUUCUUCUCCUCUCUCUUUUUAUUCAGUGUUUUUUGUUUUCCUCUCUCUUUCUCUUCUGUUUUUUUUUUUUUUUGUUUUUUUUGUUCUCCCCUCUCUUUCUAUUCUGUUUUUUUUUUGUUGUUGUUUUUUUAUAUAUAUAUAUGCCUCCCUCUCUUGGCAGUUAUGUCUUUUAACCUUACCUAAAUUUUCACAUUCUUUCAUUUUUUGUCUUUUCUUCUCUGUCUUUUGUUUCCUUCUUUUUGCAUUCUAUCGUUCUUUCAUUCUUUUCUUUUCUUCCCUUAUUCUUUCCAACCUAUUAACAUUCCUUUUUUUUCUUCCUUAUUCUUUCGAUCCCUCUUUCAGUCUUUUCCUUUUUCUCUCUUUCUUUCAUUCUUUUCUUUUCUUCCUUUUUUCUAGUCUUACUUCAUACUUUUAUUUUCUCCCUUAUUCUUUCUAUACUUCUUUCUUUCUUUCUUUCUUUUCUUCCCUAUUCUUUCUUACCCUAUUUCUUUAG